AUGUCCGUUAGUCAAGAAGUAAACAAAAAUGUUAUAUUGCUACCACAAACAAAUCAAUUAAUUGGUCUUUAUAGUAUAAUUCGAGAUCAAUCAACUAAAAGAGGUGAUUUUGUUUUUUAUUCUGAUAGAAUAAUACGUUUGUUAGUAGAAGAAGGAUUAAAUCAAUUACCUGUUGAACAUUGUAUGAUUGAAUGUCAUGGUGGAUAUAAAUACAAUGGAUAUAAGUUUUUGGGGAAAAUUUGUGGAGUUUCAAUAGUAAGAGCAGGAGAAUCAAUGGAGAUGGGAUUAAGAGAUUGUUGUAGAUCAGUAAGAAUUGGGAAAAUAUUAAUUCAAAGAGACGAAGAAACUGCAUUACCAAAAUUAUUUUAUGAGAAAUUACCUGAGGAUAUAAGUGAAAGAUAUGUAUUUUUAUUAGACCCAAUGUUAGCAACUGGUGGAUCAGCUAUAAUGGCGGUUGAAGUUUUAUUAUCAAGAGGAGUUAAAAUGGAUCGAAUUUUCUUUUUGAAUUUAUUGGCUGCUCCUGAAGGUAUAAAAGCUUUUCAUGAUAAAUUCCCAGAUGUUAAAAUCAUAACUGGUGGUAUUGAUGAAAAAUUAGAUGAUGAUAAAUUUAUUGUACCUGGUUUAGGUGAUUUUGGUGACAGGUAUUAUUGCAUAUAA